AUGGCUUGGCAGACACCUCUGAAUUGUCCUCAAAUGGCAGCAAGUAAUCCAGCAAUAAGCAACCCAACCAUGCAAGCAGGGAAUACACCAGCACCAGCUCUAAUCUUCGCAACAUACGACCCCAAGGAUCGAUCUAAUCCCCUUUAUCUUCACCCCAAUGAGAGUCCUUCAUUACAGCUCGUGACAGUCCAGUUGGAAGGCAGAUCGAAUUACCAUCCAUGGGCAAGAGCCAUGGAGAUGGCAUUGAGGUCGAAGAACAAGAUGGUUCUAGCUGAUGGAACCCUAGCAAUCCCCAACAAAUCAGAUCCCAAGUACUUUUACUGGUAUCAAUGCAAUACAACGAUCCUAUCGUGGAUCUUUAGAGCUGUGUCUCCCACCAUUGGACGAAGCAUACUCUGGAUUAACACUGCUGAGGGUGUAUGGAGGGAUCUGAAGAAACGAUUUAGCCAGCAAGACGUCUUCUGCAUUGUAGAAUUCCAAUCCGAGAUUUAUAGAACAAAACAAGGUACAUCAUCUGGGAAUGACUAUUUCACUCAAUUUAAACUGCUAUGGGACGAAUUAUUAGUAUUGAGACCUGUUCUUUCAUGUGAUUUCACACCAAUCAGUUAUGAAUGUGGUAGCAAUAUGUCUGAGAAAAUUAGGGCACAAUUAGAGAAUGAUAUGCUAUCAUCUUUUGUUAUUGGCCUAAAUGAUGAUCUCAAUAACACUAAGAGACAGAUUAUGUUGAUGAAACCAUUACCUGAUGUUGGGGAGGCUUUUGCUAUGGUCUCACAACAAGAAAGACAAAUUCAUGAAGUCUCCAUUUCUGUGAAUGAAAGCUUAGCAGGGGCAGGAGUCUUCUUCACAAAGUAUGAGAACAAACAGAAACAGAAACCAGUGUGUAGUUUCUGUGGAUAUACUGGGCAUACAAUUGAGAAAUGUUACAAAAAAAAUGGGUAUCCUCCCGGGUGGAAGCCAAGAAACAAAGGAAUGGGGGCUGUUAAUCAAGUGCAGUCCACCCCACAAGAACAUAUCAAUAUAGGAGCUAAUUCUUCCUCUUUCAAUCAAGAAGAUUAUAGGAGGUUCUUGGAAUUCAUGCAGUAG